AUGACAAUUCUCCAUGAAUUAACACAUACUCUUGGAUUUGCACUCAAUUUCUUUGAAAAAUACCAUCCACCUGAAAGCACAGAAGUUUACAAGGAUCCGGUAUGCAAGUUAACAAAGUAUAAGAAGAAUUAUUUGUUUUUAGUGACCCCAAACGCUCACGUUUAUGCAAAGAAGAGAUUUGGAGUUGAAACAUUUAUCGGCGACAAUGGAACGAGUUGUCCAGCUGGAAUUGAAAUGGAAGAUGGUGGUUCUAUUGGAACAGCAGGUUCACAUUUGGAAGCCAGAACAUAUAAUUCUGAAAAUAUGAUUGGAACUGAUAUUGGUUAUCCAGUACCUUUCUUAAGAUUUACUGAUGCAACUCUUGCAGUUCUUAUGGAUACAGGAAAUUACAAAAUCAAUUGGGCAAAUGCAAAACCUUUAGUUUAUGGACACCCUGAAUCAAUCGAUGGAAAACCAAUAUCAAACUUUGCAAUUGAUCCACCUCAAUUCCAUUUUCCUUCAAACUAUUUGAUGACUACUCAAGAUUUCACAGGAUUUGAUUAUCGUCAUUAUGGCUCAGGAGAAGAAUUUGAUAUCGUUUCAAAUAUUCCUUGUGAUAAUGAAUUUUAUAGUCCAUAUUGCAAUGCAAUGGAUUCCUUUUACAAUCCAAAGAAAGAAACAUAUAUUGGAUCUAGUAUUUUCGUAGACCUUCAGUUACUUCCGAAACCAUCCCAAGUAUGUGAAGAAGGAAAGGCAAUUCUCCCGGGAGCAAAAAUAUAG